AUGUACGUCACAGAUAAGGAGAAGGGGCCCGGGAGGCUGAUGAAAAAGGGGCUGAUUCUCAUCCUGGUCGGCCAUAUCAACUUUAUCCUGGGAGCUAUCGUCCAUGGCACCGUCCUGCGUCACAUUUCCAAACCCAGUCAGCAAAUUAGUACCAACUACACGGUAGCCAACAUCAUUUCUGUCACGUCUGGCCUGCUGAGCAUUGCCUCUGGGAUUACUGCCAUUGUGGUUUCAAGGAACCUUCAUGGAUUUAAGCUGCAAAUAGGGCUUCUGGUGUCCUCAUUCCUGAACGCUCUGCUUUCGGCUGCGUGCAGUGUUGGUCUCCUCUUGGCCAUUAGCAUCACCAUCGCCCAAAAUGGGAGUGGUCUGAUGCUUGGAUGCAAUGACACAAUGGUGCCCAUUAACGCUCGUUCACCUGUCAGUGCACAGUGCCCAUUUGAUACGACACGAAUCUAUGACACUACUCUUGCGUUGUGGAUCCCCUGUGCUGUGCUGUCUGCAGUUGAGGCCGGAGUGUCAGUGUGGUGCUUUGUGGUUGGACUGGCUCUGAGAGGCCUGGCACCCUGUGGGAACAGCUACAUCAAAGAGCAGUUGGAGGAAGAGGCUGAGCGCUCUCCACCAACCCGCCGUUUGAUGGGUAAACAUUUCGAUGCUGAGGCAUGAAGCACCUCAUAUGUUUGUUCCAGUCUUUCCAUUUCAAACCAAUGACCCUAAAGUGCCGACUGAUAUAAGGAUUAAUAUGUGCUUAUAUAAGAGUGUGACUCUUGAGUGUCCUAAAAUGGUGUUUUUGUUUUUUUUUUAUUGCCAAAGCUGUACGAUCAUAGUUUAACCAUGUAGAGAUUAGUGUUUAUAAAAUGUAAAAAUGUUCAGAUUCUUAACCACUCCAUAAUAUGUGAAUAUCAGAACACGCCAUUUCAUUGUCUUUUUUCUUUCUUUUUUUUUUCACAAAAUUCAGCCUUGAUUUUAGUUUUGAUACUGGAAAAAAUGCUUUGUAUGCUAUUGCCAUAAAAUUAUAAGAUAAAUAGGACAUAUAACAUUUCAGGGAAAUUUCUUUGAUAAUUAAGAUAUUGUUCAAAUUUCUUUAUAAAACCGAUUAUUAGUUUUUUGUGAUAUAACUUACUUUAACUGCAUUGUUAAAAUAAAAUGUAAGGAGUAUGUGAAACAUUCCUAACUCUUUUAAUGUUUUAUUUUCCAUACAAUUUCAUACAAAUUUUCCAUUAUUUUUCAAUUUUGUUGUUUUUUUUUUUUAAUCAAAACUGAAGAGAAAUCGUCAAAUAUGCUGUUGGAGGAAUGUACUCUGAACUGCCUACAUAAAAAAAAGGUUAAACUCA